AUGUUUAAACCCACACCGUUGGGCAACAGUCUUGGGUUGUGGUUGGCCAGCUCCUUGUCGGCGUAUUGCUUGAACUUCACGGACUUGUCAAGAGACCGUGAGGUGUGGAAGUUGUGCUCAUUCAAGCUUCAUGAGACCAAAAUUAUUGUUUGUCAUUUGGCGGUGCAACCCGUCAAUUUGCUCGCCGGAAGAAGCGAUAACAACGAAGUCGAUCGACGAGAGGUCGGUAUAAUGAGAAGGGAGCAAGUGAUCGAAUGCGAAAAGAGCAGAACCCAAAACAGACGACUUGACGUACCAUCUGUCCUGUUUUUGAGAGCCAUAGAAACUGUCGCCCACGUUCAACGCGAGCAGACUGCGCAAAUCAAAUUCUUGUUCAUCCAGAGAGUCCUUGAGAUCCUCUUCAGAAAUUGGAGUCGAGUCCACUUCAAUCUCGUUGUCGGAAGAGUCCAUCAAGUGCAAAGGAGAAACAGAAAUGACCCGGUGAUUAGUUUCAAGGAACUGGUGGAAAGCAGUCGAGAUAGGCGAUCCGUAUGGAGACGAGUUCAAAAUCAAAAUAUUCAGAGCACCGGCCAAAGGGCUCAGGCACAGCAGAGUGCUCCAAAGAGCCACAGACACAGAGCAACGCAUAAAUUCCAAAUCAGAAAGUUGGCGGAAUUUUGGGCUAUUAAGUACUUGUGCCCUCGUGUGCAGUGUAAAUAA